AUGUUAAACACACCCAGCCUGGACCUGGAGUAUGAUAAGUCACCCAGCCUGGAGUAUGUUAAGUCACCCAGCCUGGAAUAUGUUAAGUCACCCAGCCUGGAAUAUGAUAAGUCACCCAGCCUGGAGUAUGUUAAGUCACCCAGCCUGGAGUAUGUUAAAUCACCCAGCCUGGAGUAUGUUAAGUCACCCAGCCUGGAGUAUGUUAAGUCACCCAGCCUGGAGUAUGUUAAAUCACCCAGCCUGGAGUAUGUUAAGUCACCCAGCCUGGACCUGGAGUAUGUUAAAUCACCCAGCCUGGAGUAUGUUAAAUCACCCAGCCUGGAGUAUGUUAAGUCACCCAGCCUGGAGUAUGAUAAACCACCCAGCCUGGAGUAUGUUAAAUCACCCAGCCUGGAGUAUGUUAAAUCACCCAGCCUGGAGUAUGUUAAGUCACCCAGCCUGGAGUAUGUUAAGUCACCCAGCCUGGAAUAUGUUAAGUCACCCAGCCUGGAGUAUGAUAAGUCACCCAGCCUGGAGUAUGUUAAGUCACCCAGCCUGGAGUAUGUUAAAUCACCCAGCCUGGAGUAUGUUAAGUCACCCAGCCUGGAGUAUGUUAAGUCACCCAGCCUGGAGUAUGUUAAAUCACCCAGCCUGGAGUAUGUUAAGUCACCCAGCCUGGACCUGGAGUAUGUUAAGUCACCCAGCCUGGAGUAUGUUAAGUCACCCAGCCUGGAGUAUGUUAAAUCACCCAGCCUGGAGUAUGUUAAAUCACCCAGCCUGGACCUGGAGUAUGUUAAGUCACCCAGCCUGGAGUAUGUUAAAUCACCCAGCCUGGAGUAUGUUAAAUCACCCAGCCUGGAGUAUGUUAAAUCACCCAGCCUGGAGUAUGUUAAGUCACCCAGCCUGGACCUGGAGUAUGUUAAAUCACCCAGCCUGGAGUAUGUUAAGUCACCCAGCCUGGAGUAUGAUAAACCACCCAGCCUGGAGUAUGUUAAAUCACCCAGCCUGGAGUAUGUUAAAUCACCCAGCCUGGAGUAUGUUAAGUCACCCAGCCUGGAGUAUGUUAAGUCACCCAGCCUGGAGUAUGUUAAAUCACCCAUCCUGGAGUAUGUUAAAUCACCCAGCCUGGAGUAUGUUAAGUCACCCAGCCUGGAGUAUGUUAAGUCACCCAGCCUGGAGUAUGUUAAGUCACCCAGCCUGGAGUAUGUUAAGUCACCCAGCCUGGAGUAUGUUAAAUCACCCAGCCUGGAGUAUGUUAAGUCACCCAGCCUGGAGUAUGUUAAGUCACCCAGCCUGGAGUAUGUUAAAUCACCCAGCCUGGAGUAUGUUAAGUCACCCAGCCUGGACCUGGAGUAUGUUAAGUCACCCAGCCUGGAGUAUGUUAAGUCACCCAGCCUGGAGUAUGUUAAGUCACCCAGCCUGGAGUAUGUUAAAUCACCCAGCCUGGAGUAUGUUAAGUCACCCAGCCUGGAGUAUGUUAAGUCACCCAGCCUGGAGUAUGAUAAAUCACCCAGCCUGGACUCUG